AUGAGGUCUGAGAACCAGAGCGGCAUGUCCCAGUUCCUCCUGCGGGGGCUCCCCAUCCGGCCCGAGCAGCAGGGCACAUUUUUUGCUCUGUUCCUGGGCAUGUACCUGACCACGGUGCUGGGGAACCUGCUCCUCAUCCUGCUCAUCAGGCUGGACGCUCGCCUGCACACGCCCAUGUACUUCUUCCUCAGCCACUUGGCCCUCACUGACAUCUCUGUUUCAUCUGUCACCACCCCUAAGAUGCUCAUGAACAUGCAGACUCAGGACCAUACCAUCCCCUAUGCUGGGUGCAUUUUCCAGUUGUAUAUUUUCACAGCUUUUGGUUGCAUUGACAAUCUCCUUCUUGCAGUGAUGGCUUAUGAUAGGUACGUGGCUGUCUGUCACCCUCUACACUACCCCACCAUCAUGAGGGGUGAGCUGUGUGUGCUGCUGGUGGCUGGCUCCUGGAUUGUCUCCUUUGUCCAUGCCCUCUUGCACACC